CACUGCUCUGCUACAAGUUCAACCCAGUGGCUCUGUCGCUGCAGCGUGAGAAACAGCCUUGACACACGGCCCGUUGCGGAACAACACACAGGACACAAACUCACUUUCUCUGUUUCUGGGCGUAUAUUUGAGAGAAAGUCAUCUGUUUUCCGUCAUUCUUUAAGAUUUUGAAUGAAAAAGAAAACGUUUAUUUACGUGAUAUAUAAAGCUGGUAAUAAUAGAGCAUUGCGGCGGGGUUAAAAAGGCAGGCGACAGGCGCUUGCUUCACUGAGUGAUUUGUUCUUUGGCUCUGGCGUUAUAUAUAGAGAGAGGGAGUGCACAUUUCAGAGAUCGCUUUCUGACAGCGAGUGUGGGUUGAAUGAAACUGCGGAAUUGAGACGGAAGGCAUUAUUCUUGAUUCUAGAUGAAGAAUGAUACGCAAAUCCAACGGGAAAAUACCACUAAAUGUUUUAUCUCUAAUUGAAAGGGGUUGAUUUAUAACGCAUGUGGAUGACAUAGCCUACCUAAAUGGUGCAUUAGUAUACAUAUUAAUUUGCCACGUAAUUGGUUAAAUUGCGUAAUCCUAGUCUUACAGUUUAUUGUAACAUCGAAAGAAAUUGGAGAAUGAAUCUUGGCACGAUUAAAAUAAAUCAAAUGUAUCAGGUCAAAUAAUGGGAAUUUAGCAUCACUAUAACCAGUCUUAGUACUUUACACGAUUAGGCAUUUAUUUUUCCUCUAUUGGAAACGAAUUUAAAUAUUUGGAAUUUUGAAGAAAUGGCAAUCAACACAGACACUGAAUUCGAGAAAUCUAACCUGGGAAAGAGCGGCUGCGCGCCCACCAACGAGUCUCAGGAAACCGAGAAACUUCUCAGCCUCGUAACCACGGAGCCUGCUGGCGGCAACCGUAUGAAAAUGUCCUCCUCCUUUACCAUCAACGUGGGGAGCGAAAAUAACCUGGAUGCGGACCAGAACGGUCACAGUGUGCCCUUUAGGUCGGGCUCUGCGGGGCACCUGGCCGCUGCCCCCCCCUCCCCGUCCCGGGUCAGUUUGAGUCGCAGUCGCACCUCUUCCAUCGGGAACGCCGCGGUCCAAGAGGCGCAAAAGCCCAAAGACUAUCUCAUACUGGUCAUAUUGUCCUGCUUCUGCCCUUUCUGGCCCGUCAGCAUUGUUGCUUUGGCAUAUUCAAUUAUGUCCAGAAACAGCCUGCAGUCGGGAGACAUGGACGGAGCUAAGAGACUGGGUAAACUGGCUCGACUGCUCAGUGUCGUUUCCAUAAUCCUGGGUAUACUCACCAUAGUCGUCUGUGUAACGGUCUCUGUAACCAAGUGACCAGUGUAUAGACCAUGAAACAAGAGCUCUGCUACAAGCCAAGCAGAGGAUGCUGCAUGGGAAAAACAUUUAUUCCGUUGAUUCUGAGAUUAAAAAUAAGGCAAACAAUUAAGACGUUUAAAGAGUAGGAAAUACAGUAGCAAAUGAAUGAAACAAACACAAAAGAUCCAGAUAUGCAUGCAUUAGAUUCCACUAACAUUUGCUUGAAAUAAAAUCCUUGAUAUAAAAAGUGUAUUUUAAAAUAACGUUGGACGAUUGACUUAUGGUUUGAGGAACUUGCUACUCUCAUUCGACUCUCUGUGGAGUAAAAAUACUCUUAAAAUUAAGAAGAGAGGGAUGAACAGAGGAAUGAAGUGAUAAACUUUUCUGUAUCAAGAAUGGAAGGAGACCUUGAAAAUUAACUCCAAGCUUUGGACUACAAACAUCAAGACAGCUGAAUAAUCUGAAAAUAUACUUGGUUGACCUGACCUCCUGGAUUGAAAGCAUAUACAACUAUACAGAUAUAUUUGCAAUAUAAAUAUAUAUAGAUGAAUAUAUCCAUUUACAUUUUAUAAAAGUUGUGUAUGUUGAGCUGCGAUGAUUGAGACUUAAGUUAAGAUGGCUGUCGCCUGGUAUAGGUUGCCGAAGAAUGUAAUAUUUGACCAAGGAAUACAAUUCAGAGAUGUUUUCGAAUUUAUGUUGUUUAUUUUGUAGAUUUUUUAUGAAAAAAAGAGACCACUUGACUGUAGAUAGCCAACCUUUUUCAUUUUGUUUGUGAAUUCAUAUUUGUUUGUCUGUGUUUUUACUUUGGGAUCAAACAUGCCAGGUGCUUAGAGACUUGAGAGUGAGUUGUACAUAAUGUGAGUGUUUCAGCCCCAUGUGGGUUGACUGUGGACUCCACAGAAACAGAAUCCCCCCCCUUCCUUGCUGUGGGAGGGGUCUGACUAUAUAGAUGUGCAUGCCUCCCCUCCCCAUCCCUCUCCAAACAUCCAUGCCAGAGCAUGGGCAUAAGUCUGAGGAUAUGAAAUUUGUCAGAACAAUCAAUCACUCUCCCCUUACCCACUGACCCCCUAGCUCCCCCUCCAAAUAUAACCCACUUACCCCCUAGCUCCCCCUCCAAAUACAACCCACUUACCCACUGACCCCCUAGCUCCCCCCUCCAAAUAUAACCCAC